AUGGCCGACACAUUCACAAAUGCACUCAGCAGAGUGCGCCUCGAUAAGUCCACACUCGUGCUCAGCACCGCCGUCCUCGGCACCGCACUCAUCCUACCAUCCAUCUACCGCGACUACCGCACCUUCCGAAACUACGGACCCGGCGGUCUCCCGAACAAUGUCAUCGGCUGGCUGACCUGUCGCGCGCUCCUCCAGCCCUUCAAGCGCGAGAUGUUUAGCACGGAGGAGUACGUCAAGCGAGUGGAAGCGGCGGAGGGACAUGGAAAAGGCGAUGAGGGGUUCUUGGAGCUGUCGCCGGAACAGCUGGCAUCGCGCAGUGCGGCGGAUCGACCUAUUGUAGGACCUCACGUCGUGCCACAGCGGCAGUUGACGCAGAUACCCGAGGAGGAGGUGAUGGAAAAACUCCGCGCGGCCUUUUCCGCGUUCGGGUAUCGCAAUCAUCAUCUUGUCAAAGUGGAGCGGUCGAAUCUGGAGAAACAUUCGGAUGCACUUUUCUUGGCGGAUCAUUUGCCUGCGACGGAUCUUGCGCAGACGAUGCAGGGUGAGAUUGCGCAUAUUCAUUCGUGCCAUGAUCAUUCCAUACACGUGGUGUGUUCACCAGCCGACUUAUCAGGCAUAAAAAUCAUUGAGGCAGGUUGGGGUCAGCGACAUGGCUUCUCUGGUACGUCCGCCAUGACAUACUUGAGUCUGGGAACCGUGCCCGAUUUCCCUUCCGAGUACAUUCUGAUCUACGCGCCUCGGACCGAGGCUGAUAUCAAGACGGUCAUGGAUAUCAUUGCAGCCGGUGUGAAGUUCAUGACGGGGCGCGAGGAUACAAGGUGA